CGCUCGCCGUGGGCGAUGUACAAGCUCGGCGGCCGUGGCGGCGGGCGCGGCGGCGGCGGUAGCGGCACGAAGCGCCCUCCGGCGCCCCAUGGCCGCGGCCGGGGCGCCUCCUCCUCCAAGGGCGGCGCGGCCCCGCCUCCCCGCGGUCGCGCCGCCGCCGCCUCGUCGCCGGCGGCGCGGGCAGAGGUGCGCGAGGAGUCCUUCACCCUAGAGUCUAACGGGCCGCCUGCCUUUGCGGCACUCAUAAAGCUGACCCCCGACCUCAUCGACGAGAUCCGGCGGGCGGAGGAAGCCGGUAGCGGCGCCCGCAUCAUGUUCAACAACUCCAACCUCAACUCCGCGGAGGGGAUUAUCGAUGUUGGUGGUAAAGAAAUCAAUUUCACAUGGUCAUUCGAACCUGGCGCUGGUGAGCUAUGUGAUGUUUAUGAAGAACGUCAGAGUGGAGAGGGUGAAAAUGGAUUGCUUACGGAACAUGGAUCUAUUUGGCGCAAGGUGAAUGUGCCACGCGUUUUGGAUGAAUCGGCACAGAAUGUUGUGAAAAUGCGCUCAGAGGAGGCUCAGCGUGCUUCGAAAUCUCGAAAAUCCAUUGUGCUGGACCCCACGAAUCCAUCUGUUAAGAUUCAGGCGAAGUCAAUGACUGCUGCAGCUGUAGAAGGUAAUAUGCGGAGGAUGAACUGGAACCAGAAGAAGGAACAUUUCAAGAAGAACCAAGCUGCUGUUAUCCCAACCAAAUCAAUUUCCAAAGUAAAGCUGUCUAACAACAGUAUUACGAAAGGAAGUAUCUCUACUUCACCUGCGCCUUCUCCUGAGCAACGUGGAUCGAGCAUUCCUUCAUUUGCUGCUGGGUCAGAUGCAAAUAAUGAAGUCAUAGUACCUUUUGAUUCGAAGAAAGAGGAAAGUAGUAAAGUUGAUAAAGCAAAACCAAAUAGGAUUUCUCAAGGACUGAAUCGCCGUGCAAGUUCUGUUUCUACAAGUGUUGAUGAUAAUGCAACUGAUUUGCGAGUACUCUUGAUAUCUAUACUGUCAGAAAACCCCAAAGGAAUGAACUUAAAGGCCUUGGAGAAAGCUGUUGCAGAGGCAGUUCCAAAUGCAUCAAAGAAAAUAGAGAGUAUCAUUAAGAAUGUUGCAAAUUACCAAGCACCCGGGAGGUAUGUGCUCAAACCGGAACUGGAGCUGGAAAUCACUAAACAUGAUGCUUCUGGCAGUGGAAGGACUAUUGAUGAGAAUAUCGAAGAAGCUGCUCCAAGCUUACAGAUUGAUGAUCCUGAUAUAUUUGAGAAGAUUGAAAUCGGGGGCUCCCCGGUUUCUGCUGCAGGAGACAAAAAGGUCAAUGACAGUGAUGGCAAAGCAGGUACCUCUAGUGAGAGUGGAAGUGAUAGUGACAGUGACAGUGACAGUAGUGGCAGUGGAAGUGAUAGUGGGAGUCAAAGCAGAAGUGCUGCAAGUGGCAGUGGGAGCAGCAGCGACAGUGAUAGUGAUGCUUCAUCAAGCAGCAAGGAAGGAUCUGAUGCUUUUGUGGACAUCACAAGCGAUGAUAACAAAGCAGAUACAUCAGGGAGAAAAGUAGCAGAUGAACUGAAGUCGUCUUCCUCGCCAAGAGAUUUGCCAACAAUGGAUGGUGAUGAUGAGCAAAUCGACAUUGGAACAAAUCUGGAUUAUACUAGUACAUCAUCACACAUUGAUCUGAAUAAUUUUAAUAUCGACAGUGAUGAGGCGGCAUAUACAGCUGCAGCAACUGAGAAUAUCGGUGCAAGCAAAGUAAACAUGCCAUCAGAAGUUCUAGGAAGCAAAAACAUGGGGAGUGCUAGGUCAGAUCCUAGUAUAGUUGAUGGAAAGUAUCCUGCAAACAAAACAUCUUACAGGGAUAAUAUUUUUGAUGACCCCUUAGCAGCUAAUAGUGAAAACUUGCCUAUUGAAGAAGCCAUUCAGUUCACGAAGCAGGAUGGUAGCAGAAGAAAAUCAACCUCAAAGGAUGGAACAAACCAUGUACCGACAAGGACCUCAGAGAAAGGUGCCAAAGCCAUCUUGAAAAGGGGUUCUGAUAAUGAGAAUGCAACCACAAAGCCAGAAAGUGCCAAAAAGGCCAAGGUUGAUAUUGCUUAUUCGGGAGCUAUAGGUUCUUCAUCAGAGCACAGACAAAACUUACCACCUGACAAACAUGUCAAUGAGAGGUUGAGCAAAGAGACAGGGAAUGUUGGAUUGGACACACAUACUGAUCUGCAGUUGCAAGAUAUUAUUCCUUCUAUGAAAGGAAGACCUCCGGCUUCUGGAAAUGUGCAAAAGAUAAAUCAGAGCCCAAAUGUUUCCAUCCAGACAAUGCACUCCGAGGGAACGCAAGAAAAGAUUGGUAAAGCAAGUUCUAAGAAGAAAGUAGAUCAGAUGCAGAAACCUUCGAAUAGUAUGGACGGUAACCUAGGGAAAGGUUAUGUACAUGUUGAUGACCACUAUAUCAAUUUUAACGACUCUGAUGAUUCUGCUGCAAGAAAAAGGGGUAGGCAUGGAGGAUCUUUUGUUGAUGGGAAAAUGCACAAGCGUUCAAAGGAUGUCAAUAUUGAUGCAAAUUCCAUAAAUAUAGCCAAAGGUGUCAGAGGAAAUGUUAACCACGAUGUAGUCAUGUCUCUUCCUGAAUACAUUGAAACUAAUGGUGAGCCAUCAGUUUUGCAAAGAAAUAGUGUUGACAAAUCACCUCAGGCAAAAAAGGUGCUCCAGAGAGAGCAGUCUGAACUCGAGUUGGGUGAACUUCGUGAGGGUUCUUUGGAAAAUGACAUCGAGAGGACAACGAGGCAUUUUGAGAGGAAUAGUUCUUCUAAGUCGCUUGAUGGCAAAAUGACUAAUGUUGAUAAUUCCCAACCCAGUAUGAAUAACAGGAAGGUUGCUGUAUCUGCUUUUCAUGAUCAGAAGAAACCAUCACCACAAGAAUUUAGUACUGGCGGAAAUAUGAACCAAGAAGGAAUGCCACGGAAGACACCAGGAUACGACUUUGAUAAUAGUAGGUCUCAACAAAGAGUAAAUGUUUCACAGGGUCGGCAAUUGCCAAGGACUGAUAAUCUGGAUUCAGAGAACAUACUUUAUCCAGAUAAGUUGUUAGAAAAAACAGGCAAAAGGGAAGCAGAAAUUUCACAGGGUGGAGUGCUCGAUCAUAUAGAUCCAAAGAAGAAGAAACCUACUACCAAGCUUCCUCAGAAUGGUACCAAGAAUGGAAUAGAGCCUAGAACACGGAAAUCAGUUUCCCCUGCAGAAAACGGGCAAAGAAGUAGGAAUAACCCUUUAAUUGAGCCUGAGAUAGGCAGGAAGAGAAGGGACAGUUCUUCUGAUGAAGAUAAUUUAUUUCUUUCAAAGUAUGAUAAAGAGGAGCCAGAACUGAAAGGUCCAAUAAAAGAUUUCUCACAAUACCAAGAUUAUGUGCAGGAGUACAAUGAAAAAUAUGAGGCCUAUUCUUACUUGAACAGUCAGCUAAAGAAAACGCAGUCUGAAUUCCUAAAGAUUCAGGAGGAUUUCGAUGCUGCUAAAGAAAGAGAUAAGGAUCAGUUCUAUAACAUUGUUGAAAGAAUAAGAGACAUGUAUGAUGAAUCGGGCACGAGGCAUAAAUUGAUGAAGAAGGUGUUCGUAUUGCUUCAUGAAGAGUUGCAGACUAUCAAGCGAAGAAUUCUAGACUUCGCAGAUGCCUACUCAAAUGAAUAAUGGGCGGCUCCCCAGAAUCAUGGCAUUUGCAACUGUUUCUGAGAGGCUGUCGCCCAGCAUCUACUCUGAAGAUGUUGGGAACCUCGGCAUCAUGCUUGCCUUUGUAGAAGAACUUCUCUGGGCUUGAACAUUCAGCUCAAGGCUUUUAUCAGUGACACAAAGCUGGGGAAGCUCACGGUACGGUUUCGUGGAUUGUUCUGCUGAAUUUCAUAGUGAUCACAGCAGCGGCAGUCGAGAGCUAUACCGUGCAAAGAGAAGGCCAACACCUCCACACGAUGCAUAUGCCCGUGGAAGCGUGAACAGGGGAAACUGAACUUACGGAAACAGCGAUAAUAUUCAAGGCGGUUUUACAACAGCAAUUUUGCAGGUAGAAGGGAACUGUUGACAGGAUGGCUCCCUUGGUAGAUUAUUUUUCCAGCCAGAUCUCUCCCCCUCCUGGCGUUUCACCAUGUAAAUCGGCUUUUGUAUCAAUGCGAUCAACUCAGUUCUAUUUUAACUUUGUACAUAUAUGUGGAGACCAGUCUAGAGUAGUUUUGAGGAGGUGAGGUAAUGACGGCAUGUCCUCUCUCCAAUCUUACGGAUUGAUGUAGCACAGCUGUUGGAAUCUGUUGUUAAAUGAGGAUGAGGAGCAGUGAGCAUGGCAAACAUUUUGUCUUCGCCCGUUCUUCUUAUACUGCUGUAAA